CUUGAUCUGACCACAGGUCUGUGGAUCUGACGUUGAUCACCUUCAGCCUUCAUCCACCCACGAUCUACCACCAUGUUGAAGUGGCUUCUGCAAAAUCACCCAUAAACUGUUGAGCGAGAUAGAAGCGCUAGUAUAGUUACUCAAUGCUUUAGCCAAAACUAUAAAUUAUAAUUACGAAAUGGUUUUAAUCGAAUUAUUAGGAAAAUAUCCGAAUUCUCCGGUUACAAAUAGGCUAUCAAUCACCGACAAACAAUUCCGCGUCAAUUUGUGCAAAAAGGGGUUAGAAAUUUUACUAUCGGGGGGCUAACGGAAAAAAAUCCCUAGCCAAUUUAAUUUCGUUGAUUAUAAUUAAACUAAUUACCAUUAAACGUUUUAAUUAGACCAUUGAGUAACUAUACAAGUAUAGUUACUCAAUGAUUAGACCAUCAUUGACCAACAAACGACCAACAAACGUUUGCAACUUUUAUUGAAUUAAUUCGUCAUAAGUGAGGGCCAAGAUAGGGGGCUGACUUUUGGCGAUUUUUUUUCAAUUUCUAAAAAUUAUUUUUCAUUUGUGCCACCCCUGUCAGGGUAUGGACACUGAAUGCUCCCCUCCACUCCUUAUUCAAAAGCAGUGGACCAGAGCGAUACCACAACAAACAGGCAAAACUAUAGUCAUAAAAUUAUUUUUAAGUUGCAUAACUGACGUAAUGAAGUACCCUCUGAUGCCCGUUUUUAAAGUUAAUUAGCUUUUAUAUCAAGAAUUGUGCUGUGUGUCAACAAAACAUUUUAAUAUUAAAUGCUGAGAAUUGAACACGGAAAAAAAAAUUGGCUGUCCCAUGAUACUGCAGCUUUGCUAUCGUAACAUUAUUGAAUAUAUUUUCUAUUUAAGUAAAUGAUAAACUGUUAGAAGAAGGUUUGGUUUGAUUCGGAAUAUAUCAACAGAGGUCUCUGUAAUCAACAUUUACCAACUACUUAGUAAUAACAUAAAACUCCUAAAAUAUUUUUAGUGAAUUUCACUUAUUUUAUUGGUACUGGCCUGGUCCACACCGAUGAAUAAUUUAGCUACAAUACUGUUGAGUGUCCAUACCCUGACCCCUGUGUGGUACGGUUCUUGAAAUUAAUUGUACGGCCCUAUUUCUAGGCUCCGCCCCUAGAGGGACAUGUGACCGGUCUUCAGAAUACAGCUAGCGUUAUGUGGCGGAAUUUUCAUGAACUAAAAUCCCAGGUUUCUUGCCCCUUGACGUUAGGCCAUGUGAUGCGGGUCGGAGAUGUAUUUCGUUGACCGAAGAUUGCUAAAGACAGUCAACGCUUAAGGGUGUCCCAGCGCCGAGCCCGAACUCCGAAAUGAGUUUAGAAACGAUCGCAGCACACCUGGUGCUCAUCACGCCAACCACGUUGAUUUCAGAGCAGUCGGUAUGCCCAAUAUUCGAUGGGUAAUAGUAUCACUGGCGCUCAUUCCACUCAUAUACCUAAUAUUUUUCGUCAUGAUUCAAAACUGUAUGAAAAUACGGAAUAUCACUUUGUUGAAUUUUUGAUUUUUAAACUAGUAAAAAAUUGUAAUGCUACUAAUCAAUGAAUUGUUUGCAUUCGAUAAAUGUUAAGGGUGGUAUAAUCCAAAUUUAUGUAUAGCCCAUUCUGCCAGCGGGGCAGAAUGGGGUAACCGAAACAUUUUGAAAAAAUUGUUUUUGAAAUGAUCGAAAAGGCCGUCAAACAUCAUUCUGGAUUCGGAAUUUUUUUUUUCUCACAGUUUCCUCGAAUACCCCAUUUUGCCCCGCCUUUCCCUAAUUAUCAAAUUUUCCUCCGAUAACACACCUAAAUUAUGCACCCAACUGAAACUUUCUACUACCAUCGGUCGUGUAGUGGAUAAAAACAUCUAAGUGGAUAAAAAAAAACAAAAAAAAAAAAGAAGAAAACAUUAUGUCUGAUAUGGAAGCUAAUGUGGCGCCUGGGUGCAGCGGAGGCGGCGGGGGCGGCAGGGGCCGUGGCGGGGGCCUCAGCAGGAGUGCGAGUGAGUCUGACAUCAGCCGAAGUGGCGGUGCUCCCGGGCAGGGGCCGCGGCGUAGCCGUGGCGGUGGUAGAGCUGCCAGGCGGGCGCGGCACCGCAUGUUCUACCACCGCGACAAGGCUGCGCCCGUGGCCCCUGCAGCUGCCGAAGGGCCGACAGCGGCGGCCAUAGCGGCAGCAACAGCAGCAACAACAACAACAACAGCAGAAACAACAGCAGCAACAACAACAACAGCAGCAACAACAGCAGCAACAACAACAACAACAGCAGCAACAACAGCAGCAGCGCCCGCGCGCGGCGGUCGGGGCAGGAUGGCGGCGAGGGGCCGGCUGCGCAUCUCAGCCCACAGGGGACAGGGGCGGGGGCGCGGAUCCAACCCCCCGCGCGGCGGCAACCCACCGCGGGGCGGGGGUGUUUUUAUAUACGGCCGGCACGUGGCCGUUUACCAUAAUUAUUACUACGGCGAGCAGUAAACGGUCACGUGUCGGCCCGUAGUAAAAAAUAAAAAAUUUAAAAAAUAAUAAGUUGUUGCAUAACUAUCCUGAAAAUAUGUGAAA